CUCCUAACUCCUUCCCCAUUUCUCUUCCUCCUCAUCUGGACUCCUAAACACCACCUCUCCCCAUCUCAUCUAACCAUGAAUCUUCCCACACCCACACAGGUGACCCACACACAAAUAACACCAUAAAUCCACCAAACAAAUUAUAAAACUUUCUCAGAAAUUAUUUUCACCUUGGUUAGUCCUAUAUAUUCCUCCUCCAAUCAACCCAAAUCAUAUUAGCUCUUGAGCUGAGAUCUCUCUAUCUCUCUCCCUCUCAAGCUACACCUACACCUCUCUUUCUUUCUCUCUCUCUCCACAUAUCUUCGUGCUUCAAGGUCACCGAACACUUGCUUGUAUUAUCCUCUUGCUUUUUUGCUUUGCCCAGUGCAACAAAGAAACCAAUAGAAAAAAGAAAUGGAGGGAAGUUGCAUCGAUGAGAGCACCAGCGAUUCCAUCUCGGUUACGCCGCUGCCGGUUUUGGCUUUGCCGGGGAAGAAGGAGCCGGAAAAACUAUGCCGGGUGGGGAGUGGGGCUAGUAGUGUAGUCUUAGACUCCGAGAGCGGCGUCGAGGCCGAGUCUCGUAAGCUCCCAUCGUCCCAGUACAAGGGAGUCGUCCCCCAACCCAACGGACGUUGGGGGGCUCAGAUAUAUGAGAAGCACCAACGUGUUUGGUUGGGCACGUUCAAUGAAGAGGAGGAGGCCGCCAGAGCCUACGACAUCGCUGCGCAGAGGUUCCGUGGCCGCGACGCCGUCACCAACUUCAAGCCCUUGUCGGAGACCGACGAGGAUGACAUCGAAACGAUCUUCUUGAAUUCACAUUCCAAGGCUGAAAUCGUCGACAUGCUCCGGAAACACACGUACCAUGACGAGCUGGAGCAAACUAAGCGUAAUUAUGGAUGCAAUGGCGAUGGUAGUAGGAGGAUCAGAGGUGGUGGCGGCUUUGGUGAUUCCACCGGUUCAGAUAGAGUUGCCAAGGCUCGUGAGCAGCUCUUUGAUAAGGCGGUGACGCCGAGCGACGUGGGCAAGCUGAACCGGUUGGUUAUACCGAAACAGCACGCAGAGAAACACUUCCCACUCCAGAUUGGAAGCACUUCCAAAUGUGUUUUAUUGAAUUUUGAGGAUAAUGGAGGGAAGGUCUGGAGAUUCAGAUAUUCUUAUUGGAAUAGUAGUCAGAGCUACGUGCUGACUAAAGGGUGGAGCCGAUUCGUGAAGGAGAAGAACUUGAAGGCCGGAGAUGUCGUUAGCUUCCAGCGAUCAACCGGCCCCGAUAAGCAGCUUUACAUCGACUGGAAGCCGAGGGCAGCGUCCACUUACAUGGCGUUGCCACAGCUGGUUCACCCAGUUAACCCAGUACAACCAGUUGAAGUGGUGAGAUUAUUUGGUGUCAACAUUUUUAAAAUACCAGUGAGCAGCGUAGUUGAUACUUGGAACAUCAAUGGCAAGAGAUUGAGAGAUGUCGAUUUUUCAUCGUUAGAAUCCUGUAAGAAACAACGCGUCGUAGGAGCUUUGUAACACUAUUUUUCUUUUGUUUUUUUUUUUUCCUGUAAAUGUUGAGAGUUGAGACUUGAGGAAGGGAGGGAAAAGAAAGGAAAGUUGGCGGUUUUCCAACUUGCAAAUUAAAGGUGGUUUGAUGUGUACAGUAAUAGAUAAAAGCCGAAAAUGUUGAAACCAGAUGGAAGAAGAAGGAAACAAACGGAAAGAAAAUCUCAUUCUGUUUUAGCUUCUUUUCCAGGUUUCCAUUAAUUUGUUGCUUAUUAAUCUUAUUAUUUGUUGGUUGCUGCACUCAUGAAAUAUGUAAUCAAUUAUUCCUCUCAACAGAAAUGGCAUGGCAGCUUUUCACAACAAUGAACAAUAUCUGGGUUGUUAUGUUUC